AUGGCGCGCGGCCGCGGCAGAGGCAGGGGAAGAGGCCGCGGCCGAGGCCGGGGCCGAGGCCGCUGGACCUGUCUCAUCUGCACCUUCGCCGAGAACCACGCGAAUAGGAAGAGAUGCGCGAUGUGCACGAACCCCCGCGGCGCGACGAGCGCGACGGCCGCGCCGCUGCCGGCGCCAGCCGAGGACGACGACGACGACGACGACGAGCCCGAGGUCGUCGCGCCGCCGACGCGCAAGCGCAAGCAUGCGCAACAGUGGACCUGCGGCGCGUGCACUUUUGUCAACGAGGGCGGCCGGACCUGCGACGUCUGCGGCGCGGCGCGGACCUACGACGCCAAGCGGCCGGCGGCGGCGCUGCGCGAGCUCGCGGCGCACAACGCCGUGCCGCCGCCGCGGCCGCCGCCGCCCACCGGCGGCGACGACACGCCCGAGGCCGACGACGCCGACAUGGCCGAGGCGCCCCCGGAGGCCGAGGACGCGGCCGAGGAGCGACCGCUGCAUGUAGACGACGCCGACGACGCGCCCGUGGCCGAGGAGCGACCGGCGCCGCCGGACGAUGACGACGCGGAAAUGGCCGAGGACGCCUCCGACGCGGCGGCGGCGGCCGACGACGGCGGCGUCGCGGGGCUCCUCCGGUCCAUGAUGGUCGCCGAGCAGACGUCGCGGCAGGAGUCGGGCGCCGUCGUCGCCGUCGCCGCCUGCCGCGACACGGUCGCCGUCGCCACAGCUAGAUCGAUCUCAUUGCUACGGCUCGAGGGCGCCGCGGACGUCCGGGAGCUGCGGCGGUGCGCGUCGCCGGGCGGUUCCGUGGUGGCCGUCGCCGUCGAAAGGCGCGGCGAUUUUCUAGCCGUCGCGUGCAAUAGUCGAGGUGACGACCGGCUGCUGGCGGUCUACGACUUUGGCGCGUCCGAGGCGCCGAAGCUGCGAGCGCGGCCCCAAGGCAAUCAGAGGCGGUCGAAGACGCGCUUGCACCUCGACGUGGACGGCAAUGAAUGGGCGGCGCGCUGGUGCGAGUCCUACAACGAUGAUAGACCCGUGGCGCACAGGUGGGACUCGGCCGAGACUUGGGUCGCGUUGCCCUUUCCCGAUGACGUGACGCUGGUGCGAGACAUGACGCGGGGCGAGGGUUCUAAAAGGAAAUGGACCUGCGCCGUCUGCAGCGGUGCUGAAACAUGUGUAAUUCUCUGGGACGAGAGCGGGAGCCGGUCGUUCGUGCUCCCAGUCGAGCCGCGCGCCUACGUCUUCGUUCCGAGUGGCGCGUCAUGUAGAGUGGGCCGCUGGGCCGCGGCGCACGCGUCGGACGCGGCGGAGGGCUACGGGUCCUUGGUUUGUGUCGCGCACGCGGCGACGGCCGACGGGAUUACAGCGGUGGCCUGCGCGGUCCGCAGUGACCUCAAGGCCGCAAAGGCGGCGUCGGGCGCCGCGCGGCGGUCUAGCAUAGAGCAGGUGCCUCCGGCGCGGCGCGUCGCGGCGGGCGGGCCGUUCCUGUGCGAGGCCGGGACCGGCGCGUCGUUUCGCGUGCACGACGUCGUCGGCGAGCAGUCCUCUCAUUUGGAGGGGGAGGGCGAGGCUGACGUCGGCGCCUGCGCGCGGCUCUGCGUCGUCGACCGCGGCGCCGCGGGCGCGUGCGUCGUGUCGACGCACGCGGGCGCCGACCGGGAAGUGCGCUUCCUGCCGCUCACGGUGACUGGUGGGGGGUCCUAAGUUUUGGCAUACUA